CAGUAAAUCUGACGGUCUGUUUUGAAGAGUUGAGUGAGUGUGAUUCGCGCAGGAUAUUUAACAACAAUAUAAUAACAAUAAUACCGGUUUUUAACAAUAAUAAUUGCAGGUUUUGCGAUGAUUUCAGUAAAAUUGUUCGUGCUGGUUGCAUUGGUUGGAGUUGCAUUGGCUUAUCAACCUGGUCAGUAUAUUCCAAAAUCCUUCUACAUAAUCGACCAUUUCGGUAAAAAAUCCGACUUGGUCUACGUAAGGAACAGAAGAGAUAUCAUGGAACCUUUACUCAGAAUAAGAAGAGGAGGUGGAUCUUCAGGAGCUUAUUCAUCAGCCAGUAGUCACGCCAGCGCUUCUGCAGGAAGUUCAGCAGGUGGAUCAACAGGAGGCAGUGGUGGAGGAAACCUUCCUUAUUAUGGAGUGGAUUACAUUCCCAACGUAGCCCAGGGAUUGUCCCAAAUCCAGGGACAGGUCCAGGACCUUUUGAACAACAUCGCCUCGAAUGCGGGUGGUGGAACUGGUGCUCAUUCCUUUGCAGGAUCUACUUCCAGCACUAACGCUGGCAACGGUGCAUCUGGUCCUUCGUCAGGAUCGAGUUACGGUGGACUAGGAUCUGGACACGAUGCAGGAUACAAUGGACCUGUUCUGUUCUCGAGAUUUGGAGAGGCCGAGGGCAGUGGCGUACACGUUUCUGGAGAAGCAGCUGGACCAAAUGCGGCAUUUUCACAAAGUUCUUCGUCGGUUGACAGUCAAGGCAAGAUCAAGUACUCGGUCCAAUCUGGAAAAUAUUAAAAACCAAGAAAAUAACACGUUAAACUCAGAAUGCCAUAAUAAUAUAUAUUUUCGAAAAUAAAAAGAAGAAAUUGAAGGUUUUCAUAUCUCAAACAAAUAAGGUUCUUUAAGAUAAUAUUGGCUGUUAUAUGUGAUCUAAACAUUUAAAUAAAUAUAUAAAUAUUAUAUUAAUAA